AUGGAGGACAAAAAAGUCUCUAACUUUGCCAUCGACACUAUUAAAGAAAUUCGAGUUGGUAGAAACACAGAGUUGCUUCGAGCGCGUGAGAACUGUAUGAGUGAUAUGCCAGAUGAAUGUGCAUUUUCUGUAAUCUAUGGAGAUGACUAUGACUGCUUGGACUUAAUUGCAAGAACUCCUGAGGAGGUGAACAUCUGGGUGACUGGUCUGAUAGCUCUCACAUCUGGACAAAAAAGUUUGCUGUUAACAGUAUUCUUAUGGAUCGAAUCGCAAUUUGACGAAGCCGAUUUGGAAAAAGAAGGCUAUAUUUCAGAAAAGACAGCAAUAAGAUUAAUUAGGCAGAUGAACAAACGAUUACUUUUGACGCGUGUUACACAUAAAGUUAAGGAGGCUGCUGUACUUAAAUCUUCCAGUUCCCAACACAGCGGUAUCAGUAAAGAGCAGUUCGUUGACAUCUAUAAAGAUUUAGCCACUCGGCCUGAAAUUUAUUUUUUGAUGGUCAGGUACGCAAACAAAGAUUAUCUUUCUUGCAAUGAUUUCCAAAUCUUUUUGGAAACUGAGCAAGGGAUGGUCGGGGUGACGCGAGACCUGUGUGAAUCGAUUAUUGAACAGUAUGAACCGGCUGAAGAAGCCAGAAAGAAUGGAUAUAUGACUGUUGACGGUAGGGAAACUUUAGGUUUUACAAAUUACUUGCUGUGUGAAGACUGCGGCAUUUAUGAUACAAAUCGAAAACAAGUAUACCACGAAAUGAAUCAUCCGUUUUCUUCUUAUUUUAUCGCUGCUUCGUAUCGAACAUACCUACUUGAAGACCAACUCAAAGGUCCGUCAAGCAGCGAUGCUUAUACAAAUGCUUUGAAGAGAAGUUGUCGCUUUAUUGAAGAUAUAACAAUUUUAGUGAAUGUAUGGGAACCGAAUGAAGCUGAGAAUGAAACAGAACCUAUGAUCUUUCACGGUGGAACAACGGCUCGUAAAGUAAAGUUGUCUGAAGCUUUAUAUGCUAUCAAAAAUAGUGCCUUUGAAAAAUCCAGGUUGAAAUUUCCUUUAUUUAUCCGCCUUUAUGUACAUCUUAAUAUGGAUUGGCAACUGGUGCUGGCAACUACAUUAGAAAACGUUCUUGAUACUUUACUUUAUCGGUCUAAAAUAGAUGAUGUUGAUUGGUGUAAUGGAGAUCGGCUUCCUUCACCUGAGGAACUCCAAAUGAAGAUUAUUUUGAUUGGUAAAAAGCUGGAAAAUGAUGACGCUGAGUCUGGUGAAGUUGUUGAAGACGAAGAUGACCCUUAUAUAAUGCCGCAACAGAAACCAGUACAUCGUCGAGUUCGGAGAUAUGUCCUGCGCAAAGAGUUGUCCGACCUUAUCUGUCCCUGGUUAAAGCCGGUUCUCCAAAAGGAGCUACCAACCACUUAUGACGAUUCCAUAACGAACAAGUGCAAUCUUAUAACGUUUACUGAAGGCAACUGUUUAAAAAUUCUUCAAAACGCUUCUGCUGAGUUCACACAGUUCUCACGCGACUGUUUGGUUCGUGCUAUACCAAAUGCAUUAAGACUAGAUUCUUCAAAUAUGAACCCGCUAGAAUUUUGGAAUUACGGGGUACAGUUCGUUUCUUUAAAUUAUCAAACUCCUGGAUUAAUGAUGGAUUUGCAGGAAGGGAGAUUUUCUGAUAAUGGCGGUUGCGGCUACAUUCUAAAGCCCUCAUUGAUGAGAGAUGAUUUUUAUACGCCUGGUGAUAAACUUCCAUUUACUCCUCAAUUUCAGAUUCUUCAUUUACGAAUUCUUUCCGGCCAACAGCUUCCCAGACCAAGAGGUUCAAAUGCAAAAGGCGAUUCGUCUGAUCCAUUUGUCGUCGUGGAGGUGUUUGGUGUAUCUGCCGACUGUGCUGAAGAGCGAACAAAGACUGUUAGAAAUGAUAGUAAAAUUUUUUUUAAUCAAAUGGAGAACGAAAAUUUAUUUUUUCAGAGAACAAAUUUUUUCUUAAAUCCAAUUGUUUUAGGCGUCAACCCAUCAUUUGACGAGUCUUUCCAGUUCCAAAUUAGUGUGCCGGAACUAGCUUUAGUGAGGUUUUUAGUACUUGAUGAUGACUUCAUCGGGGACGAUUUUAUCGGACAGUACACUAUUCCAUUCGAGUGUCUCCAAAGCGGUCAGUUUAAGUUUCAGCGGUUUUCGGUCUUGUCUUUUUUUGAAUUUUUUUCUCAAAGAGGGAAAUUAAAGCUACAUUUCGCUGCUGCUUCAGGUUAUCGGCAUAUACCAUUAUCGAACAACGAAGGAGAUUUGCUAGAAAACUGCACAUUAUUUGUUCAUGUAGCUGUUACUAAUCGUCGUGGUGGAGGGAAGCCUAGAAAGCGUGGAAUGUCGGUAAAAAGGAAAAUGCAACGGGUAAAUACCGGUAUGAAAAUGACGGGCGUCAAAUCUGUUGAUGAUUUGUUCAAAUUUGCCGUUGCGCCUUUGGCCGACUCAAUCGACUUGCGUAAUAAACUUGAAGCGGCAAUGGUUGAUUGGCAAGAACACUGUGGUCUUGGGCCAGCAGGAACUAUUCGACAGGGCCUUAGACUUAUGCACGCUCGAACGAAAACGGCCGCUAUGAAUGCCUCACCACCACUGUCUCCAGCUUCUAGUGGUCGUAUAUAUUCAUCUAAAACGCAGGCCGGCGUUCCACGUUUUCAGAUCACAAACAUUUUUUCAAAACAGUAUGAAGUUCUUUCCCUUACCUUCUUUCAGCAUCCUGUGAUCUGUAUGUUUGGCGAAUUCCCCGACCAUUUACAAAAAACGCUUGUUUCGUUCGCUACGUUAUUGCGCAUUUGUACAACUAUUCUUUCAAAAACAGAUCAACUUCUUACCAAAGUAGUGAUGAUCAAUUUAUUUUUGUUUAUAUUUGUUAAAAAAAUUUGGGCAACUUUAGAUUAUGAGGGACAGCAAAAUUUGAUUGAAACGUGUAGUGAACGUCUUAGAGGUCUUAAGGCUGCAAGAGCUUCCGAAAAUUUUGCUUGGAACGUGCGAUUGCUCAGAGCGCAACUAACGUUGAUGAACAAGACACAAACAGAGGCAAACGACAUUUUCAAACAGGUAUUUGAUGCUGGUCGUAUUCUGGGGAUACUGUCUGAAAAAUGCUCAUCGCAAUUAGGAACAAAACGUUACUUACAUACUUCAAGUUGUUGA